CCACAAUCACUCUAUUUCCAGCGAAAUCCAGCGGUGUUGUCUAGAAAGGGCCACAUCGACGUUUCGCCAUAAAGUCUUUUCCGCAGCUACACCGCCAACUUGACCACUUCCAUCCAAGCGACCACAAUAAUCGACAUCCGAACCUACAUUUCCAAACUUCCUCACACAAAUGACUCAGCCAUGGGACUACAUAGCGAAGAUUGUAUCGUUAGGUGACUCUGGAUGCGGCAAAUCUAGUCUCACAGUGCGCCUCUGCGAAGGCCGCUUCUCACCCCACCACGACGUAACGAUAGGCGUAGAAUUCGGCUCGCGCAUCGUCCCCGUCGGCCCACCCGCCUCCCUCGAAUUGAAUGUCAACAACCCCGCCGCCAAACCCGCACAACCUCCCGCGCCCUCCUCCAAGAACCAGCAGCAGCCGCAGCAACCGCCACAGAAGCACAUGAAGCUCUCGCUAUGGGACACCGCAGGCCAGGAGACGUACAAGUCGAUCACGCGGAGCUACUUCAGGGGCGCGUCGGGCGCAUUGCUGGUGUUCGACAUCUCGCGGAAGAAUACGUUCCUCAGUGCGACGAGUUGGCUAAAUGACCUGCGGCAAAUAGCCGAGGAAGGAAUCGUCGUCGUGCUCGUGGGCAACAAGAGCGAUCUGGCGCCUGCGUCGACGGUGUCUGGGGGGGACGGCGAGGACAACAAGCGGCAGGUCACCCAAGAAGAGGCGGAAGAGUGGUGCAAGGCGAAUGGCGUCAUGCAGUACGUGGAGACGUCUGCGAAGUCCGGUGAUGGAGUCGAGCGUGCGUUCCUUGAGGUCGCAGAGAGGAUAUACCAGAACAUCGAGGCGGGCAAGUACGAUUUGAACGAUCGAAGAAGCGGUGUGAAGGGCCCGGGAGCAGGUGGCAACAACGCGAGGAUAAACCUCAACGACGCAGCGAAGGGGAAGAAGGGUCAGCAAGGCUGGGGAGGAUGCUGUUGAGCAGCUUUUUCCUUCCAUUCCCCGAAUCUCUCUUUGGAUAAUCAAUACCCUUCAUGUGAUAACGUUUGGGCUGGAUGGCGGGGAGGAGGCGGCGGCGGGAUACAUUUGGCAUCGUGGGACUUGGGACAGACACUCCACGAACCUCCUCUCGUUUC